GAACCAAGACCGAUGGCUCGAAGAAGUUAGAAGAAUGAGAGCCGAGUCACAGUCAAAUCGAGUCCAAAGCUGCCGCCGCAUGGCUAAUAGAGAUGGCAUUAUAUCUCGUGUGGUUUCCUAAUAAGAAGCCUUUGCAAAGGCCUACAUGUUGGUAGCAGCAAGAUAGGCACCGCUGUGGUUGUUAAGUCGAAAAGCCAAACAUCAAUCGAUCAAUCUCUCCCAUCUCCCAUCAAUCAAUCAUCAUGAGCACUGCUACUGCUUCCAAAUUGAGCCCUCCUGUGGCUCGCCGUGAAGAAGACCGUGUUGUCUAUGCUGGUGCAGCUCCUCCUGGUUGGGACCCAAAGAUUGUCCGUCAGGCAGAGUCAUCCAAGGAGAAGCUGUUGGAUCCUCCUGUUCCGGUCCCUGAUCCCUAUGGAUGGAUGCGUGACGAUGAUCGCAAGAAUGAAGAAAUUCUAGAUCAUCUCAAAAAGGAAAAUGAGUACUCCAAAGGUUUGACCAAACAUUUGGAGGGCCUGCGCCAAACCCUUUACGACAGCAUGUUGAGUAGCAUUGUUGAGACGGACUGCACUGUUCCCCGCCCCAAUGGUGACUUCUAUGUUUAUUGCCGGACAUUCAAAGGCAAGUCAUAUGAUGUGAUCUGCAGGGCACCGCGCAACAAAGACAAGCCACUACAAACAAUUGAAUGGGAUGGAACGGCAGAGUCACAUGUUUUACCUGGAGAGGAGGUCUAUCUGGAUGUCAAUGUGUUGGCCGAGGGCAAAGAAUUUUGUAGCCUUGGAGCCGCAGUGAUGUCGCCAUCCAAGAAGCUACUAGCAUAUUCGGUAGAUUUUUCUGGCGAUGAGACCUAUGAGCUCCAUGUCAUCAGCCUUGAGACCCAAGAAGAGAUCUUUUGUGAUCCAAAAUUGAUUAUAUCAGGCUCUCUAGAAUGGGGGCAGGAUGAUUCCAACAUCUUCUAUCUGACAAUGGAUGAAACCAAACGCCCAUACAGAAUGUGGCGAAAGUGGCUCCUCAGUAGCGUGGAAGAUGAGCUACUUGAUCAAGAGGAUGAUCCUCAAUUCUCAUCUGAUAUGUUCAAAACAAGGGAUAAACGUUUUGUUUUUCUGGAGAAGGGAUCUCGUGAGACCUCGGAAGCAUGGUUUAUUGAUCUAGAAGCUGUCAGAGAAUCUGCUGGAAACAAGACAAAGCUUGAAUGCCUUGCUCCUCGACGCUAUAGGACUUUGUAUGAUGUCGAUUACCGCUCUGGGUACUGGUGGAUCACGUCAAAGAGAGGAGAAGAAACCCCCAAUAUGUGCUUGUUUACAGCACCUGCCAUGGCAAAUUGUCAAGAUGAAUGGAAGUUGCUCGAAGGCCCUGAUGGGAAACCCUUGUUUGAUGGUGGCUAUGAUCGUGCCCUCCAUGGUGUCAGUACCUUUGAAUCUCAUGUUGUGGCCCAUGGACGAGAAGGUGGCAUUCCAAGAGUUUGGAUCAUGGGCAUGGAUGGAGGAACAGCAGUGAGCAGCUUUGAAGCAUUGACAUUUGACGAAGAAGCCUAUGAUUCUGGUUUGAGUGGUCAUUACGAAUACAACACAGAUACCAUUAUGGUCUGGUAUGAUUCCUUAAUCACGCCUACACAAUGGAUGGAGAUUUCCUUGGCCAAUCUGAGCGAACGGGUUGUUGUCAAACAGAAGAAUGUGCCAAACUACAAGAAGGAAGAAUAUGACUGUGAUCGAUAUUUGGUCACUGCUCGAGAUGGAAGCACCCAAAUCCCAGUUUUGAGGGUAUACCGAAAGGAUGCCAUGGAGGAACACCAGGCCAGUGGGAAGCCACUGCCAACCCACCUUUAUGGAUAUGGAUCCUAUGGUGCAUGUGAAGAGGCUGAGUUUGCCACCACCCGAUUGGAACUCCUGCGUCGUGGCAUGGUCUAUGUCAUAGCACAGAUUCGUGGUGGAGGAGAAAUGGGUCGCCAAUGGUAUGAAGAACCGAAUGGCGCCAAGUACCUCUGCAAGAAGAACACCUUUAAUGACUUUGUGGAUGUGGCAAGGGACCUUGUGGAUGGCAAGAAGCUAACCACCCCAGAUCUCCUGUCAUGUGAGGGAUGUAGUGCUGGUGGAAUGCUCAUUGGUGCCACAAUCAACCAGGCCCCAGAACUCUUCAAAUUUGCCCUUAUGGGAGUCCCUUUUGUUGAUGUCAUUUGUACCAUGAUUGAUUCUUCCAUUCCACUCACCACUGAUGAGUGGGAAGAAUGGGGGAAUGUCAACGAAGAAAAGUAUUUCAAAUACAUGAUGGAGUAUGCUCCAAUGCAAAAUGUCAAAGAAGGAGCCAAAUACCCAACUAUCUUCAUGACUUGUGGAUUGCAUGAUAGCCGGGUUCCAUACUGGGAACCUUGCAAGUUGGCUGCAACUCUUCGGCACAAGCAAAGUGCAGAAUCAGGUUCGGUCUGUGUCAAGGUUGAAAUGAGUGCAGGGCACUACAGUGCAAGUGAUCGAUACAAGUUCUACCGCGAGUUGGCAUUUGAUUAUGCCUAUUUGUUGGAUCAGCUUGGCCUGGCAGACACUCAAUCAAAAUAAUCGCACUAAGUCUCUGUUCAACAGAUCUAUUGAGCUGAAGAUGGCGCGACAGGUCUCUUCCAUGUGCAAACACUAUACCAUACUAUUUAUAUUAAGCAAAAAUGCAUCAAAUGUACUAUUGUAACAGAUCAAACCAGGGGCGAGAAGCAG